AUGAUUCUCAAAGACUGUGUUGCAGAGGUCGUUAGAUGGUGGAAGAAUAGUCUACACAAGUUUAACCCCACUACAACCCUAAAAUUUAAACUUGAAAUAAGCUCGGAUGCGUUGUUAAGAGGUUGGAAAGCACAUUGCAGAGGGGUGAGUACGCAAGGUUUCUGGGAUGGAACAGAAAAAACUCAUCACACAAACUACCUCGAAUUAAUGGCGGCAUUCUUCGCACUGGAAAGUUUUGGGGACCAGGAGCAUAACGGCAAAAUUUUACUAAGAAUGGAUAAUACGACAGCCAUAUCAUAUGUUAACAAAACAGGUGGGAUUCAGUAUCCCAGGCUCAACAAAAUCGCAAGCGAGGUCCGGCAAUGGCGUGAGAAGGAAAAUUUAUGGGGAUAUGUGAUAUACAUACCUUCAAAAGAGAAUGUAGAAGCAGAUAAGGUUUCACGAUCCUUUAAUAUAGAUACUGAAUGGGAACUCGCUGACUGGGCGCUCAGCAGAAUCGUCGAAAAUUUCGGACCUCAUGAGAUAGAUCUCUUCGCCAUCAGUAUAAAACAGAAAAUGCAGAAAAUCCUGUUCAUGACGACCAGACUUAGAAGCGAAACAACAGCAUCCAUUAGCGACGCAAUUAACGAUGACAGCAGAGACUGUAUUCGGAAAGCGUACACCUCGCGAGGGUUUUCAACAGAAGCAGCCUCUAUAUUAGCAGUUUUGGUAGCAGUAUCAACGCUGAAACAAUACAGUGGACCACUGAGAGACUGGCAGAUAUUCUGCAGACUGAACAAAAUAAACCCAUACCAAGGGGGCGCUAAGAUAGCCUUGGAAUUCCUAGUGGGGAAAUUCAAACAAGGUGCAUCAUACGGACCACUAAACUCGAUGAGAUCAGCCACUUCGCUAAUGUUGCUUAAUGGCAUAUCCAACGGCCAAACGAUCAAGAGAUUCUUCAAAUCAGUAUUCAGGAAAAGGCCACCAAGGGCCAGAUAUGAAGUCACUUGGGACGUCAACAUAGUAUUGAGAUUCAUACAAACAGAACGCGGGCUGGUUGGGAGAAACCUCAGAGGAAUCUCUGAAAAGACAGCAACACUAAUUACGUUGGCGACGGCACAAAGGAUACAAACACUAGCCUUGAUAAACAUUAACAGCAUCACGGUGACUUCGAGGGGUGCAGAGAUCAAGAUACCAGACCUGGUCAAAAUAUCAAGAAUUAGAGGAUCACAACCAAAUCUGGUACUACACUUUUUCACGAAAAGACCAAAGAUCUGUGUAGCAAAUACGACCAUGGAAUACCUAAACAUUACCAAAGAAAUUAGAGGACAAAACAAAAGAUUAUUUAUGACGACAAGAAAGCCGCACGAAGCGGCGAACACACAAAUAAUAAGUUGGUGGAUUAAAAGUGUCCUUAAAAGAGCGGGAAUCAAAAUGGACAAGUUCACAGCAUACAGUACAAGACAUGCAGCAUCAUCGGCUGCACUGCGGAAUGGAGUAGAUAUUGGCACCAUUAGGAAGACCGCCGGAUGGUCGGAUAACUCAAAAACAUUUGCAAAUUUUUACAACAGACCAAUACUGACAGAAGAGGGAAAGUUCGCAAAAACUGUUAUGGAAUGGAAAAAAAAAGAGUAG